AUGUUUGUACUGCUCUCAAUGGAGGUGAGUAUGUCUCUGAACGCGUUGGCUCGGCUUCCAUUGAAGAACACGGGAAGACUCGAAGAGGUUGGUUUAGCGAGACACUCGCUUUUCACCUCGAGAACGGCAACAUGCCGAGAGACGGCGCAGCGGAGGAUGGUUUUUGUGGUGGAGGCGAAAGGGAAGAAAGGUAUGGCGGCUCGUCAGUAUCAACGUACUCCUCCUCCUAUGCCUAAAAUUGAAGACGACGGAAACCCUAGAUUCGUCAUCUUCAUUCGUAUGGCCAAUGUGUAUCUUUGGUAUCCUCUCAGUAUAAUUGCUGGUGGUACCACUGCGAAGAUCAUGGUAGCUGCAAAAGAUAACCUCUUGGGGAAGUAUAUCUACAAAGACACCAUUGCAAGAAACAUUGCCGCUGUUAUUUACAGAGAUGAGAAGGAGAUUCAAAAGACAGCAAUAAAGCAGCAUCGUGUCUUGCGGACAGCUACAGAGUUUCGAUAUGGCUACAAACUUGUUGAAAAUGGAAAUAUGAGAGCUGCACUAAGUACCUCAGAUGUUAUCGAGCUCCCAACGCCAGACCAGCUUAAAACAGUGUUCGACAAAGUGAAAGACUUUUUUGGGGAUGCGAAAGAGUCGUUUGGGAAGAUAUCAUCGCUGAAUCCUGGUUCUGAUGAAGAGACUGAAGGAAGCCCGGAUGAGAAAGCCAAGUAA